UGACGCUGUGCAGUUAAGGGAGGCUUAAAGAGACAACAGUGAAAUCAUAGCAACUUGAGGACAAGAGGCACCAGACGAGGAAGAUAGCGACGAACGCAGAACCAUGACUUCGACUGCGUUUCGAUAGCUAACAUUUAAAGAUAACAAACCAACAUCACCCCAGACUGUUCGUUCCUGCUGUCAGUGUAAUUCCGGGUUGCCCGCUAAGCUGUGUCCCUGCAUCAUGGAGAGCGUCCAAAGUGUCACUGAAGGCUGACCAGAAGGAAUGAGGCACUCCAGGAGAUGUUCCCAAGUGGCCUUGUGGAUGCAGUAGUUGCGUUUCCGAGUGCUUUUUUAUGACUAGUGUUGCAUGUGUGUCUUUGGACACAUCCUAACAUCACCUGCCUAUUUGUCAGGCGGGGACAUGAUGCUCUGAGACUGGAGUGGAGAAACGCACAACAAAGAAGCCCCUCUGGUAAACGAAGAAAAAGGGAAAAAGCUGUCCAAUAGACACACGGGUCCAUUCGGCUGCAGUUUUGGCUCAUUUAAGUGUCUUCUGAACCGCUUUGCAUUUUAACAGCAACACCUUUCCUCUGUCCUGUGAGGCGUCUCCCCCCCCCUCCCUAAAACAGUCUCCAUUGUCAUUGGAGUUUCUAUGGUUUGCAUGGCUGGAAAAUAACCGUGGAGAGGCCAGGGUAUCACAAGCUUAUGGAUUUUGACAAGAGAGGGGGCAAGGGAGAGACAGAGGAAGGGAAAAAGAUGUCUAAGACAACAAGCAGCAGGCCUGGACAUGGGGGCAGGAGUACAGGGAGCAAUUCUGGAGUUCUAAUGGUUGGUCCAAACUUCCGCGUGGGUAAAAAAAUUGGCUGUGGAAACUUUGGAGAACUGCGGCUGGGAAAAAAUCUCUAUACUAACGAAUAUGUGGCCAUUAAGUUGGAACCUAUAAAAUCCAGGGCGCCACAGCUCCAUUUGGAGUAUAGAUUUUACAAACAGUUGGGGAAUUCAGAGGGAAUCCCUCAGGUGUACUACUUUGGUCCUUGUGGGAAAUACAAUGCCAUGGUGCUGGAGCUGCUUGGGCCCAGUCUAGAGGACCUGUUUGACCUCUGUGACCGCACCUUCUCCCUCAAGACCGUCCUCAUGAUAGCCAUACAGCUGAUAACACGGAUGGAGUAUGUCCACACCAAGAGUCUGAUCUACAGAGACGUGAAGCCUGAAAACUUUCUUGUUGGGCGGCCAGGAAGCAAGAGGCAGCACACCAUCCACAUCAUUGACUUUGGUCUGGCCAAAGAAUACAUAGACCCCGAGACCAAAAAACACAUCCCCUAUCGGGAGCACAAGAGUCUGACUGGGACGGCACGCUACAUGAGCAUUAACACACACCUGGGAAAGGAACAAAGCAGAAGGGACGAUUUGGAGGCCUUGGGUCACAUGUUCAUGUACUUCCUUCGAGGCAGCCUUCCCUGGCAAGGCCUAAAGGCCGACACCCUGAAGGAGAGGUAUCAGAAAAUUGGAGACACCAAGCGAGCAACGCCGAUUGAAGUCCUUUGUGAAAGUUUCCCUGAAGAGAUGGCCACCUACCUGCGCUAUGUGAGGAGGCUGGAUUUCUUUGAGAAGCCGGAUUACGAUUACUUGAGGAAGCUCUUCACCGAUCUGUUUGAUAGGAACGGCUACGUCUUCGACUACGAAUACGACUGGGUCGGCAAAUCGCUCCCCACACCGAUAGGCCCCAUCCCCAGUGACACGCCCGUGCAGCCCAACAGCAGAGACAAAGCACAACAGCAGACCAAAAACCCGUCGCCUGAGCCCAAAGGAAGUGAGUCUCAGCCCACUCCCGUGACCAAUAAGGAGACUCUGGGGUCGCACCUCACAGCUGAGCGGCUGGGGGGCUCUGUUCAGGUGAUGAGCUCAACAAAUGGCGAGCUGAACACUGAUGAUCCCACAGCCGGACACUCCAACGCUCCCAUCACCGCUCCCACCGAGGUUGACGUACCUGAUGAAACCAAGUGCUGUUGCUUCUUCAAAAGGAGAAAGAGGAAAGCGCUCCAGAGGCACAAGUGAAAGAAGAGAACAGAGAGAACUUGAAACAUUGUGGUCACUGUCAAGUUUUAAAUGGAAGCAACUACACAGACCCCCCCACCGCCCAUUAUCUCUUUCCAGCUACCCCCCCCACCACCACCUCCUUACUCCUUUCACCUCAUUCCCCGCUGUCACAUGUACCUCCCCGCUUGAGUUCUCUCUCUCUCUCUCUCUCGAUCCCAGCGAGUGACAGGAACGUUGCAGUCACAGCGACUCCACAGACUUUCAAUUCCUUUACAGAUGAAAAAUAAACAAACCUGCAUCACCACGUGAGGGGGAGGGGCUCGAGAAAAACGUUUAAAGAAAACAAACAAAAAAAGCUGUAACAAUGAAACUCGAAUACCGUGGCGUGAAUAUGAAAAAAGAUGCUGUUUGAAACAGUUGUUGUAUUCUAGAUUCCAUAAAGAACGUGUGUUGUUCGAACAGUCAGCUGUUGAUCAGGGGAAACCAUUCAAGUGGUUCGAGUGCAAGAAAUCUGCUCCUUUAUUAGGAAAUUGUUAAUUUUAUUUUCUUUGGUGUGUCUUUUUUGGGAUCAAGGUGAAAGAGGAAAAGGUGAACUAUGCUGAUGUUAAAUCUGAGCGACACAGGAAGCGUUUCAUCUAUAAAUCAGAGUCUGGAGGAUUUUUAUGCAUUUUUUCUUCCUCUUUUUGUUUUUUGUUUCUUUUGUAAGUGAAUCCUCAGUUUUCAAAGUCAAAUCCCUGCAUUGAAAACUUAUUUUUAUGUUGUAGUGUUCUGGAGUUCAAUUCUUUCCUCACUCUGGCUUCCUUCUAUUUUGUUUCGUCUGUCGACGCGGACUUUGUAGCACAGUCACUGGCCUCAGGUACUGUGGAAGAAUGAGAGGAACCGAUAUUAAGCUCUCUUAUUAUUAUUGCACUUUUUGGAGGAAAAAACAAUUACAGUGGAAAACUUUAGGUUUGAAAUUAACAAUUAAGGAAACAACUUAAUAAAGACUGAUCUAGGAAGAGUCCUUCAUGAUGCUUAUAUUUGAGUUAUGGCUGAAAAAUGUUGUCGAUUCUCAUGAAAGAAAAGGAGAUGUCUUUUUUUGAUUUUUAUUUCUUACAUCAAAAAUAAUUUACCAGGAAAUCAUAGUUUGUGCCUUUCUAAGUAAAAUGUUUAAAGCUCAAGUGAGUGUCCCGCAAUGACAUUUUAUCUAAUCUGACCCUAAUGCUCACUGGAUUACUCUGUGUGUGUGUGUGCGCAUGUGUGUUUGUAUUUUUUUCCCAAAUCUGGAGGUUUUGCAAGCAGAUGACUGUGUGCACAUCCUGUCAGUCACGUAUAGGUCAGUAUGCAUCCUUCUCUCUCCUGCUGUAACGCCACAUCUGUACAGUGGUGGCGGUUUGGCGUGUGUGCUGUGCCACCUCAGCGAGACGCAACGGGCAACAACCCACAUCUGUCUGACCCGCUGUUCACUUUCAUCUGGAGGUCACAGAUGGGCAGUGAGGUUAACUCGUUUAAAGGGUACACGAGGUCUGGGCUGCUGUUUUCGAUCAAACUGUACUUGACAGAAAAAAAUUACCUUUUUUUUGUGUGUGUUUUAUCAUGUUUCCCAUCAGCCCCUGUUUCAUGUAGCCCUUUAAUACCUUUUUGUUCGUCUGACGGCCUGCUGCCUCAGUGUACAUCGGUGCCAAACAUUUCUCCAACAGCUUUGAAGAUUAUCAGAAAGAUUUUCCUUUUAAUUUUUACGUUGCAUUUCCUGUAAAAGUGAGAGAGGAGGAGGGAAACAAGUUGAAAUUCCUCUAGAUUUGUGAAAACCCCCACGAUGCAUCUGUUCAGCAGCUUUCAUUUUCUUCACAGCUCCAGCCCCUGCUGUAAUCAGUGUAACCUGUUUUUGGUUCUGAUGAGCCGUCUUGCUGUCACGAAUCGGUGGCCUGCUCCUUUAAGGACACGAUCGAGCCUUCCUACCGGUAUGAUUGUUGUCGCACAGGGCUGAUCAUGUGAUUGAUGACGAAGUGAAAGGCACGACACGUCACAGUUUCGGUUUACAAAUGGUGAUCUCGCUCAUUAAUGUGGGUGGUGUCAAAGAAGUUUACGGGAUGCUGAAGAUUUAAUGUUUUCAUUGAAACCAAACAACCUCGGGAUGUAUUUAAAGUCACGCGACACACUUGGAUCGACCCCACAAGUCGAGCUUCUAAUGAAUUAAUGUUUUACCUUCUCAGUUUAGUGAUUUAUUUUGAAAGGGGAGAUAAAUGUGUGUCUGAGCAGGUUUCGGAGACAAAUGUGCUUAAAUAACCCGCCAGGUGACGUCAGAGGAGCCAGCUGUCUUUAGUGUCGUCGUAAACGUGGCUUCAUUAGACAGCGCGCGCGACAGCAACCCAAACACGGAACAAAGGUGCGACUCGGGGUGAUCAGGUGCGCUGAUCCAAGACUCCCCCUUUAGGCCCUGAAGUCACUCUUUGAAAACUUGGGUGGGGACCUGGCUUUGCAAAAUCACUGCGUUUAUUAAUUUUAUAAUUUUUGUUUUGUUUUUCUGGAGAGGGCGGGGUCGACCGAUGUAAAUUCUGCUCUCCGUCUCUUAGUGUACCUACUUGCAUUAUGUAUUUGUAAAUAUGACAACGACAGAUCUCUAAUUGUGAAUAAAGCAAAGUUUUAU